AUGUACCUGUUUUAUAAAUUGAAAAAGAUAACGAAGUCAUUCGAAAAAGAGGAACUAUACUUUGGAAAUCACAUACCGCGGUCUCAUAAGUAUACUUAUAAGAAUAAAUCAGAAGCAUUCAUUUACAUAACUUACCGAGAUCGUUUCAAAGGAAAACGAUGGUUACUAUUGACGAAUAUAAAAUCUAAUCAAGAUGCAUGUAAAAUUUUUCCAUAUUUGCUUGAAGACGAGCCGACAAAAGUAACUUUGGAAUUAUCUGUCCAACACAAUCGCAGCUUUACCGCCUUAUCUAAUACCCAAUAUAAUUCAAUAAUAGCCUCAAGCGAGAGUUUUAAAAAUGUUUGGACGAAUUUCGAUAAAACGCCGCUUUUAUUAACCCGGGAAUUAAAUUUAAUUAUCGGAAACCUCGAGUGCUCAACUUACUACGGCGAAGAAUACCAUGUGUGGACUUUGAAGAAUGUUGAAAACAAUCACAAAAAUUUAUCAAUUGUCGGCGGGAAAGUUUGGAAGGCCAUGAAAAAUAUCACCAGAAUAAUCGAUGGUGACACAGUAAUUAAAAAAUUUGAUUUUGUCCUUCUACAUGGCAUUGAUUUGCCGCCAAUUGAUCCAUUUUUCAGCUACGGAAUUAUUGUUGCCAAUUCAGAAAAAUUUUCCUACGGUGAAUAUCAUUCAAAUUUUCCUUCAAUAAAUCAAUUUGCUCAUCAAAUAGCCUUUUCUAUCUGCAUGCAGUGGUAUCCGCUCUACAUAUUUCAUUCAAACAUAGGAAAUGAGUAUUUUCUUCAAUACGGGUUAAUUAACUAUUUGAUUCUAGCGACAGCCGAUCAGACUAAUGAACCAGAGCAUGCAACGGAUGAAAUUAUUUAUCAAGUCAUUGAUUCGAAUGAACUUGCAAUUAAGCUAAUAAAAGUGAUGCACGUAGUUGGAAAAGUCAAUUUUCUAAAUUUGCUCCAUGAAUUGAUACUCAAAAGAAGCCACAGCGGAGUUUUGGAAAAAAAUUAUCUCGUCAAUAAAUAUUCCGAGGUCUUGAAAGUUGACGUCGUAACCUUCAAGGAAUUUUUGGGGAGUCAAAUUCUCACUAACGGCUACCCUGUCGUCACAGUCACCAGAAAUUACACGGCAAGUAACGCUGUGGUGACUCAGAAACGCUUCUCAAAGUCUUUAACCAAAAAUUUUAGCGAAAAAUAUUGGAUCCCACUGAGUUGGGCAAAUGAGAGCAGUCCAAAUUUUGACGAUACGUCGAUAAAUUGGUGGCUCAGUCCCGAUUCACAUGAAAUUGAAAUUCCCGUAACGGCAGAUAGUACCAGCUGGAUUAUUUGUAAUAAGCAGAUAAUUGGUGCGUAUUUAUCAGACAUCGCUUAUCAAGAGAAAAUAAAAAAAAUAGAAAAUAUUUUUUGCAACGGAAUUCGGGAGGCUGGUCAAAAAAGUUGGGACAGAUUGUUCAAAGUCUAUUAUAAUUAUAGACAAAUAGAAAUUUUAAAGGCUCUAGGAUGCUCAUCGAAUAGAGUUAUUUUACAGAAAUAUAUGAUAUUGGUCCUUCACAGCAAUUGGGCCGAAUCAAAUCAUAUUCUCGUGCUUAUGUUCAGAAUUAUCGCAGAAAAAAGUGUUAUAGGCGUUGAUACUAUU